AUGGACUCCACAUUUGAACGUUUGCUGGAUUCACUAACGGAUAUUCUUCCUCCGGAAACUGUUGAUCUAUUCCGAAACUUCCUCCUCAACCCAAACGCUGCCAUCCGAAGUGCCUUAUCGUUAAUCAUGUCCCAGCUCUCUUUUUUGGCGCGUGGCGGCGCCGCCGUUAUAAACACAAUUGCCGACUCUGAAUCAACUCCUGCCACAAUUGCAGUAAUAGUCUUUGGUGUUGCUUUCGUCGUCCAAAUACUCUUCUGGGUCCGGCGUCUGGUUGCAUGGUGGAUAGGACUUCUAUUCCGCUGCACGAUGCUGGCGCUCCUCGUGGCUCUUGCGUCCAUGGCGCACCAGAGAGGAUGGGUGCAGACUGGCCGAGAUGUAGCAUUGUGGACAGCAAAGGCAUUAGUCUGGGCAGGGGAGAUGGUGCAGAUUUGGCUGAAUGCGUAUGACGAGGCGACACAAGCCCAGCAACAAUACCGACAGAGGAUGAGGACACAGGGCACAAGGGCAGAGGCUAGACAGAGGGGUUAUGGGUAUGGGCAAAGUGGUUCUGCGUACCGGAGGGGAGGUGCAGCCGGGGGGUGGUAG